CACAGCGAGAAAACGUUACUUCCGGUAUUACAGUCAAGUUUUAUCCUCAAACACACAAUUAUCCGGCCUUUUUCGACUGUGUUUGUUGUUUAUAAUUUUAUUUCAUCAUGCCUGAUCACUUAGGAUCUGACCAGAGGAAAGUGAAGGAUGACAAAGAAGAAGAUAAGCCCAUUCAGGUUCUUGAUGAAGGGGACAUUGCUCUUUUAAAGACCUAUGGUGUUGGUCAGUACAGCAAAGCUAUCAAAGGAGUAGAAGAAGACAUUCAAAAUGUUCUCAAGAAAGUUAACGAACUGGCAGGUAUCAAGGAGUCUGACACAGGUCUGGCACCACCGGCGCUGUGGGAUCUUGCUGCAGAUAAACAGACAUUGCAAAGUGAGCAACCACUGCAAGUAGCCAGGUGUACAAAGAUCAUCAAUGCAGACUCUGAUGACCCCAAAUAUAUUAUCAAUGUGAAACAGUUUGCCAAAUUUGUCGUUGAUCUUGGAGAUCAGGUGGCACCCACAGAUAUUGAAGAAGGAAUGAGAGUUGGAGUUGACCGCAACAAGUACCAGAUCCACAUUCCUCUCCCCCCGAAGAUUGACCCCACUGUCACCAUGAUGCAGGUUGAAGAAAAACCUGAUGUGACGUACAGCGAUGUGGGUGGUUGUAAAGAGCAAAUUGAGAAACUCAGAGAAGUCGUGGAGACACCUCUUUUACACCCUGAGAGGUUUGUCAACCUUGGUAUUGAACCCCCCAAGGGAGUGUUGUUGUUUGGGCCGCCAGGAACAGGGAAGACCUUGUGUGCCCGAGCCGUCGCUAACAGAACAGAUGCCUGCUUUAUCAGAGUCAUAGGAUCAGAACUUGUACAGAAAUAUGUUGGAGAGGGUGCUAGGAUGGUGAGAGAGCUGUUUGAAAUGGCAAGGUCAAAGAAAGCAUGUAUUGUCUUCUUUGAUGAGAUUGAUGCUAUUGGAGGUGCCAGGUUCGAUGACGGUGCAGGGGGAGACAAUGAGGUCCAGAGGACUAUGUUAGAGCUCAUCAACCAGCUAGAUGGUUUCGACCCCCGAGGAAAUAUCAAGGUUCUCAUGGCCACAAAUAGACCAGAUACCUUAGACCCUGCAUUGAUGAGACCGGGGCGUCUUGACCGGAAGAUUGAGUUUGGUCUACCGGACUUAGAGGGAAGGUCUCAUAUAUUCAAGAUUCAUGCCAGGUCUAUGAGUGUAGAGAAGGACAUCAGAUAUGAGCUCCUCGCUAGACUUUGCCCCAACAGCACAGGUGCUGAGAUUCGCAGUGUAUGUACUGAAGCAGGGAUGUUCGCAAUCAGGGCACGAAGGAAGAUGGCCACAGAGAAGGAUUUCCUUGAGGCUGUCAACAAAGUCAUCAAAGCCUAUGCUAAGUUCAGCGCCACGCCAAGAUACAUGACAUACAACUAGGACGAUCACAAGAUUAAUUCAGUAUCAUCAAAUUCAUUUAGUAAAGACGAUUUACCAUUGUUGUCUUUUGAGAUGUGUUGACCUCUUUGUGUCACAGCUGUGGAGUGCAGUAUCUCGUGAAUGUGAAGUGAAGGAAGUCUUCUGUUGUCCUAUGAACAUGUUUCCACGUAUUUAUUGAUCCUGGAUUUCUAGACCAUGAGGAACUUGUAUAUGUUCUGGACAUGUUCAACUUGGGGAUAUUACCACACUCAAAUUCCAUGGCUGACAUUGUUGAAGGCUUCACAUGGCGAUUAAUAAAUAUUUCAGCACUUA